UACACAUGCACAUAUAUAUUUCAUCGCUAUACCGGCGCAUCGCCAACUCGUUUGGAUCAUUUCGCUGCCAGCCAGCGACGAGUUAGCAAGGCGACCUAGUUAAAACUCAGGAAAAUACGAAAAUAAACCCAUAUUCAGAUGGCGUUCCUCAACAAGCUCGCUGCGCCCGCCCUGCGCCAGUUGGUGUCCCAAAGUCGCGCCUACGCCGCCGUGUCACACGUUUCGCCCAAUGGCACCUCCUUCGCACUCACCGAGGAUCAGCUGCAGCUGCAGGAGCUGGCCCGUAAGUUUACCCGCGAGGAGAUCAUCCCAGUCGCUGCCCAAUACGACAAGAGCGGCGAGUACCCGUGGCCCAUCAUCAAGAAGGCCUGGGAACUGGGCCUGAUGAACAACCACAUUCCCGCCGACAUUGGUGGCCUGGAUCUCGAUGUGUUCACCACCUGCUUGUCGGCCGAAGAGCUGGCCUACGGCUGCACCGGCAUCAUGACCGCCUUGGAGGCUAGUGGUCUGGGCCAAACUCCUGUGAUCCUGUCCGGUAACAAGGAACAGAAGAAAAAGUACCUGGGCCGCCUGCUUGAGGAGCCACUGGUUGCCGCCUAUGGUGUUACGGAGCCCGGAGCAGGAUCCGAUGUAUCCGGCAUCAAGACACGCGCCGAGAAGAAGGGCGAUGAGUACAUCAUCAACGGCCAGAAGAUGUGGAUCACCAACGGCGGUGUGGCCAACUGGUACUUUGUGCUGGCCCGCACCAAUCCGGAUCCCAAGUGCCCGCCCAGCAAGGCCUUCACCGGGUUCAUUGUGGAGCGGGACUCUCCCGGACUGACGCCCGGUCGCAAGGAGUUGAACAUGGGACAGCGCGCCUCCGACACGCGUGGCAUCACCUUCGAGGAUGUGCGCGUGCCCAAGGAGAAUGUGCUGAUUGGCGAGGGAGCCGGUUUCAAAAUUGCCAUGGGCACUUUCGAUAAGACACGUCCUCCAGUGGCCGCCGGUGCUGUGGGCUUGGCCCAGCGUUGCUUGGAUGAGGCUCUUAAAUACGCGCUGGAACGCAAGACCUUUGGCGUGCCCAUCGCUCACCACCAGGCUGUGCAGUUCAUGCUGGCUGAUAUGGCCAUCGGCGUGGAGACAUCCCGUCUGGCGUGGCGUCUUUCUGCCUGGGAAAUCGACCAGGGACGUCGUAACAGCUAUUAUGCCUCCAUUGCCAAGUGCCAUGCCGCCGAUGUGGCCAACAAGAUUGCCUCCGAUGCCGUCCAGAUCUUUGGAGGCAACGGCUUCAACAGCGAGUAUCCCGUGGAGAAGCUGAUGCGUGAUGCCAAGAUCUACCAAAUCUACGAAGGUACUUCUCAGAUCCAGCGCCUCAUCAUUUCCCGAAACAUGUACGAGGUAGCUAAGGGUCAAGCCUAAGUCAGUUUUAACUAGGAUUCCGCAUCUCCAUUUACCUCAUCCUUCAUCAUGCUCAUUGUAGACACAUUCACAAAUCCGAUUAAUAAAGUACAAUAAGUAAAUAAUUACAAGAAAAUAUGAA